AUGACUAGUCUUGAUUCUCACUCUACUAAUUUAUCUGCUAAUGCUUCAGCCGAUUCGAAUGGUGCUUGUCCUCAUUGUCAUCAACCUAUGAAGAAAAGUGCAACUUCCACUGGUGAUUUUCGAACUACUUUAGACAAGUUAUUUCCUAAUGCAUAUGGACUGGAAGAAUUUGU